AUGUUCUUUUUCACCAUUCAACUUGCUUUCCUUAUUACCUUGUCCAGGAACUGUCUCUUCCUUUUUGCAAUCCAAACCGGACCUGAUUUUCAGACUCCCAUGUACUUCUUCCUCAGCCAGUUGUCCUUCAUGGACAUCUGUCAAAUCUCUGCCAUUGUCCCCAAAAUGUCAGUGGAUUUCUUUAAAAAGAAGAGCAUCAUUUCAUUGGUUGGAUGUGGGUGUCAGAUUUUUUUCACGCUGACAAUGGGAUGAGCAGAAUGUCUCCUGCUGACUCUCAUGUCAUAUGACAGGUAUGUGGCAAUAUGCAAGCCUUUGCAAUAUCCAGUUCUGAUGAGCAGGAGGACCUGCCUAGCCAUGUCAGCCGGCAUCUGGCUCGGUGCUUCUCUUCAUGCUUUGAUACACACGGUUUGUGUGCUCCAACUCCCUUUCUUGGAGUCAAAUAGGAUUAAUCAGUUCUUCUGCACAGUCCCAGCUCUGUUGAAGUUGUCCUGUUCUGAGACAUCCACCUAUGAAAUUGGGAUGUUCCUGGGUGGCAUUGUAAUGCUUCUCAGUCCCCUUUCCAUCAUUCUGGCUUCCUACAUUUCCAUCCUCUUGACCGUCCUCAAAAUGCGAUCUAUUGAAGGAAUGCACAAGGUGUUUGGCACCUGCCUGUCUCAUCUCUGUGUGGUCGGGAUCUUCUUUGGAGCAGCCAGCUUUAAGUAUAUGAGAUCCAGAUCCUACAGAACACCCCAGCAGGAUAAUGUUGUCUCUGUGUUUUGUGACAUUGUGACCCCUAUGCUGAAUCCCCUGAUAUACAGCCUGAGGAACAGAGAUGUGAUGGCUGCACUGAGGAAAAAGAUUGAAAAAUGUACACUGAAUAUAUUGUGA